AUGAGGAGUCGCACGUUUCUUGGAUUUCCAAACCGGCAUAAAUAUGUCCUGGUGGCUGCGAUUCUGACUCUUUUCAUUCUUUUCAAAUCCGUGCCCAUCCCAACAUCCAGGCUAGACCCCCGCGCAGAGAAGUCAUACGGAGAAAGCCGACCACGAUAUCUUCACCGGUCUACGUUUCGCGCGGAUCCAGACUAUGAAUACGAAAUUAAGCUUUCCAAUGCGCUACGCGCCAUGGAGAUAGAAAGGGAAAUGCGCCACGAUGAAGAUGCGACAGACACUCUGUGGCAGAUUAUGCUACCAGGCGUCAGCCAGCGAAGCGACGAUUCAGUCCAAUUCGAGCAAAAGAACUCAGAAUGGAAAUACAAGCUCGUACAAGCCGACUGGGCUGACAAAUUCAUUUUUGAGACUCUCGAAUCCAUCCCAGAGAUCGCCCGGCUUUACAAAUCAUACCCACACUCCGUCCACCGGGGCGAUCUCCUCCGCUACUUGAUUCUAUGGUACUACGGCGGCUACUAUGCAGAUCUCGACGUCUAUCCCGCACGAAGCAUCAAAUCCUGCCCAUCACUGCGCGACUCCAUUUUCAAAGAUAACACUGUCAACGCGAAUGUCUCGCUAAUUGUCGGAAUUGAGAUCGACGAGCCCUUUGCUUCGCCGCAGAAGAUGCGCGACUGGCAUUGGGCCCGACGCUACGGUUUCAUCCAGUACACGAUGUAUGCACCACGACGGUUCAGUCCGCUGCUGAGAGAGAUCAUCGUUCGUGUGCUGUCCCAUACAAAGCGUCGAGUCGACGGGAGUCAUUUCUGGAGGAGUGGGAGAUACAACGAAAUGGAUACGCUGGAGAUUACCGGGCCGGGCGUGUUUACAGAUGCCGUUCUUGAUGUGCUAUCGGAUACAUUGCCAUCUACACAUCGCUUAGUUAAGCAAUCUGUGGAUGCGGAUGCUAAGUUCUCGUCCUCGGCUUCGUCUAUACAGCGUGUGACAUGGGCGCCUUUCCACGGAAUUAAGGAGCCGCUCUGUGUUGAGGGCCCCGAAGCCAAGUCUGGAAAGCUGCUGGGAGGCCUGUGUGUUCUACCUGUCAAUGCCUGGGGCAAUGGACAGCGGCAUUCUGGGUCGGAGGGGUUCAAUAGCCAGCAUGCUUGUAUCAACCAUCGGUUUGGAGGAACCUGGAAACCUUGGAAACAGAGCUGGCAGAAAGCUAAGAUGCCGAGCCAAGAAAAUAGAAUGUCCCCAAAGCUCUUUGUUGUGUUCUACCAACCGCGGUACGGAAACUUCAUACACUGGGCGUUGCAUAUAGAGAAAGGCGAAGAGCAUCACAUUCUCGAGGUUGAUGGCGAGCAUCCAAAAUUCAAACGCAAUACGUUUAUGGAAAAUCCAAAGGAAUCAAGCACUUUCUUACGCCAGAUCUUCAUUGCUGUGCUUGGAGAGGACGAUGUUGAGAGAGUAAAGAAUGCUGCGCAAACCGUGCCCGUGGACAACGAGACUGUUCAGUGGGACUGCCAGGAUUAUGUGCUGGAGAUCCUUGAUAAACUACAGGAGGAUUUUGUUUUGGAUAAGGAUGAUGAGGACUAUAUGGAUUCCACCGUGGCCCCCGCCGCCCCCGCCACUGCGAAUAAAGUGGCAAAGCCUCAGCGCACCCGCGGGGGAAAAAAGAUUAGGGCGAAGAAGGCAGAGAAAGCCCUCCAGUCUGCUGCGGAGGCUGGGCCUGUGGCCGCCGAAGCUUCUGUCCGCGCCGCCUCCGCCUCCCAGUCCGCCCCUCCCGCCGCUAAGAAGGCCGCCCCUCUUGCCAUCACUCUGGCUGGCGGCUCCCCUUCGCUACCCAGCAGCACUAGCAUGGCCAACUUUGUGAUGGGUAAUUUCUACGAAACAACCCUUGCAUCGCUGGUCCCGGAAUUGGUUCUGACCACCGAAGAAACCGACGCACUCGUUGAUUUUCUCUCCCAAAUCAUCAUCAACUACAUCGAAGACCGCCGAUUGACUUCGGAUGUCCCUUGGGACUUGUGGGACUCAGCGUAA